AGUCUUGUUUUAUCUAUAGUCUUUGGUUGAGGCCUCGGCCAGAUCUCGCGCUUCUGUUCCCGUCCUGAGAAGUGCGCCUGGUGCUCUGGCCAGCAUCAUUCCCUCGCCUGCCCUCACCGGCCCCAGCCGUCUUCUACUGGCCCGGCACCAGUCUCCCAGGACUCCGGGUCAAGGUACAGGGCUCAGACACACCUACAGCAGAUACCUCAAGUGGAAGUGCCCUCACUGCCGUCAGCCAGGCGUCAACGCCUGGCAUGGGUGUUUUAAGGCGCCCAGCUACCUCCGCCGCGCCUCCCACCUCGGCUCCGCUUUCCACCCACAGUCUGAUCAGUGUGCGUUCGCUCCUCCCCAGGCCACCUCCCCGCUGGUGUUAGUCUCUCUCUCUCUCUCUCUCUCUCUCUCUCUCUCAUGAAGGACACGGCUGCCUUCCUUCUCCUCCUCUUCCUCAUCCCUUUGCUGCUUCUGCUGCUGACGCCUGGAGGAUUCCUUGGCGUUGCCCAUGCCCAGCAAUGUUCCCCCGUUUUUCAAACCACAGACCAUGAAUACCGCUUCAUUACCGCUGCACACGAAUCAUCAGAUUUGCAAAUAAACACAACCGUGUACGUGCAUCCACAGCAAGACCUGAAAAUUUUGCUGAAUUUGGAAGGAAGCCACGAGUACAUAAAGCUCGUGCUGGAUGAACAUUGUUUCUCGGGUGACGACUGGCAGUGGUGGACACUGUGGAUGCAAGUGAAAUUAUUGGGCAUAGGAGGAAUUCCUGGCCGAGAUUGGACGGAUUACAAAUUCCAGGUGAGGACAAAUAUGUGCAUUAAACAGUGUACCAAGAGGAUCUUCUACAUGUACGUUUUUGACGGCUUCUAUGUCUGGGCUUCUGGUGCCUCACAAUGGAGAUUUUACUACUUGGAAAAACGCUGUGGCCAAAUCCCUCAAUGGAGGAAAGGAGAUUCUGGGUAUUCCACUCCCGAGUGCACAACUACAAACCAUUUACCAAUAACGAUAUCUCCUGCCACGCCCACAAUAACCUCUACCAAGCCAACAACACCACCUCCUAAACCCAUAACAACCUCUGCCACGCUCACACCACGUCUGCACCGAUACCAUCCAUGCACGCCUCCAUUCUCUAUGCCCGUGGGAGCCAUAGAAGGCGUAGCUGCAGCGACGGUACUGGUGGUGGUGGUGAUGUUGGUGCUGUUGGUGAUGAAACGACACGAUGUACGAAGAAUGCUCACAGAACACACAGUAGCACCACCACGUGAAUAAAAUGAUGUCAGCAGCCUGUCUCAACCUUUAACCUGCUGCUGACACGCAACAUCCCGCCAACAGCCUGUCUGAAACUGCUGCUUACGCACAACACCCCACCAACAGCCAGUAUGGAAAUAUAGACAGGCAAGGAUCCAUCAAUAUCCUGUAUGGAAGUCUAUACAGGCGAAGAUCUGUCAACAGCCAUCAAUCAUUGCUUUUAUUUUCUUGACGAUAUCGUUGUUUAAGUCAUGAAAUGCCAGCCUUAUAUUUGGUGACGUCCUGUUAAGUGGAACCAAAUAUUGCAGUUCUGUGCUUUGUUGGAUAUAAGAUGUCUUCAAUAAUCACUACUAACUCUUUCCUUCCUUGCUUUUCUUUAGCGUCUCUUCUUCUAUUAUAUAUUCAGAGGAAGACCUCUUUUUGCUCUCCUAUUGCCAAAACACGACUUUUAUUUUUAGCUUUUAAUAGUUGUUUCCAUCUUUGGCUCUAUGUAUGAGUCUUUUUUUUAUACCAUGUGGGCUUUUCACGGGAAUUUAUGGACUAAAGGGGAUACUUUUUAGGGUACCUCCUAUCUUAAAGCCCACCCGCUAGGAAACCCUUGCCCCGAGUGAGGAAGCCCAACCUACACUCAGACCGUGGACAGGAUUCGAACCCGUGCGCUUGGAGACCUCUAGGAUCCCAAAGCACGCAUGGUUCCACUGUACCACGGCGGCCCCUUUUGUCUUGGCUUGUCAAUACUCGUAUCCACUUGGUUCUUUAUUAUUCUUUUUGGC